GGCCCGGUAAAUCUGUGGCGCUAUAUAAUACCAACAGAUAAAGUAUAAAGGAAAAGGGCGCAAGCAGUAUACAAAUUUACAAUGGCUGUCACAAAUCAUCUUAAUGCGACACUAUAGAACGGAGACGCUCUGGAUAUGACGUCACCAAAAGGGCGUAUAUUGGUUGUUGCCACGGAAACGUCGACGCGCCGCGGUGCUUUACUGAGUUACAGGUUCGGUGUGUGUCGUGGAAGGGCCUCGUUUCUGUUUAAUUAAAAGAUCAUUUUUGUGCAAUGUCAGCUUUGGCUUGGAGUGAUUCACCACCUCGUCACCCCUGGUACAAAGAAAGAUUGCAUAAAAAGUUCCUUAAAGAAUCCAACCCAAAGUUAAACUUCUCUGGAGCCUUCAAUAGCCGCCAUUGGAAAUUUUUACCAAAGGGCCUGGAUGAUUUCCGAGAUGGCUACCCCCCAUCCUCUGACACUAACUAUAGUCCAUUAUCUAAUUGUACCGGACCAGCUCCCAUUUUGAAUAACAGACUUAAUGAUCCUGGAUCAACAGAGAAAAAGCCAAAGCAAAGGUUUACCAAGGAACAAACUUGUUUCUCUAAGCUCCUCCCAUUACAGCAAGCUCGUAGGGAGCACAUUGCAGAGAUAGAGUAUGGUCUUACACAGCAUCCACUGGCUCUUUACCCUCAUCUAGAAGAAGGACUUCCUCCUGAAUUAUUUGAGGAAGUAGUGGAAAUCAUUGACCCGGACAUGAGAAUAAGAAGUUCUGCUGGGACCUAUGAACAUGUAUUAGAGGAGCAAGAAGACGAGGGUGACACCUCACGCCAUGAGCAACAGGAAACCCAGAGUGCAAAGUCAAGGGAUCUAAGCACCAGAACCUCAGUGAUGAGUGAACAGUCCAGAUCAAAAAACCCCUACAUUUGGAUUUCGAAGGGUGAAGAGGAAUGUGUGAAGGAAGACAAAAAGGCCAAGAUAAAAAGGAAUUUGACUCCUGGACUAGAUGAGAAUGUCAAAAGUGUUGCUAAGGAGUUCUGUGAUUGGGUGGUUUCUUUGGGUGGCGAAACGUGUAAUAUCAAUGAAUCAACCAUCUUCAGUCUUUUUGCUAGCGGGUAUGAUACUAAACCUGCACUCAGCAUCCCUAUCCAUGUGGUAGAGCUUAAUAAUGUGCCACCAGAACUGAGAAUGUCAGCUGGAGCCACACCUACACAAAGCGCUUUGGGUGCGCAACGCAGAAACCGGAGAGAACAAUAUCAGGAACCUAUAUACCAGCCGAGCUGGGUGAAAACAAAGUAUGGUGCUUGGUACCUGGACCCAAAAACAUGGAAGAAGCAGACAAUCAAUGAAUCUUUAAAAGACCCAAAAGAUGAAGACAUAAACAAGAAUGUAGAUUCAAAAGCCAGUCUUAGCCCAAAGGAUGAAGAAUUGCUACAACUUUAUGGAACAGGAGCUUUUAAAAAAUUUCUGAAAAAGCGAGGCUACAGAAACCCAGAGUUUGUCAACAAAUUAUUUCCUGAGGAGGAACCUGCUGGUCCAGCAAGUGUCUUUUCCAGGGAAUCCAGAGCAGUGUCUACUUCAAGAAGUACCUGGAUUCGAUCUACAUCAGCCUCUACCCAUGAAGAAAGUCUUAUAAACUAGCUUGCUUAUUGAUACUCCAACUUAUAGGGUUUUCAAAUCUUGCUAUGUUCUAAUACAUGAAAAAAAGCUGUUUCUAACUAUAGGUAUCCAUAUUUUUUUUCAUUUUAAUCUGUAUACCUGAACUCAUCAGUGAGAAUGGAGUGAGAGUUUUCUGUUAUUUCUUUCUCCCCUUGUUAGUGUGAAAUAUAAGGGGCACCAUUGCGUAUGAAUGAUUGCCUAUUCAUUUUCUUCCUUAAGAGAACAGUACAUAUUUAGGCAGUCCAUUGAGAUUACAUGAUAAAGUUUCCAAAAAUUUUGAGCGAAAGAAAAAGAAACCCUACCAAUAGUUAUGAUUCUAAAGUUGUCCAAAAAAAUUCUAAAAAAUAAUGUACCACAAUUAUUUAAUGACAAUAGUUCCUAAAGAAUUAUAAUAAGAUUAUAAAGUGCCAGUGCCGCUAUAAAUUCAUCCAAGGAUAGAAAAAUUCAUUAUUUAAGUAAAGUGCAGUGCAAUAAUUUAGAAUAUUAGACCCAAAAAGGAUUUUGAAUUAGUUUAAAAUUUUUUUAUAAAAAAUGACCAAACAUGGUAGUGGGUUAAAAAAUGCAGUCACAAUCCAAAGAAUUAGAUGGUAGAAAUUGGAAAGAAUAGAUGGUGGAGUUGUCCCGUAAACUAGCUGCCUGAUUUUUUCUAGAGCCUGGGACACCACAAAGAUAAGGCAGGACAGGGUAACCGGGGCUGUGGCCUUGGUAUUUUAGCUUGCCCUAGAUGUUUACAAGAGGCUAGAUAACCCUAAAAAGCCACAAACCGUCGGCCCCUUAGAAUAGAAGGAAGAUUAAAAGAGGUUGUAUAGGAUAAGAGAGGAUUUGACCCAAAGCUUUCUUGCCCCCACUUCCGUUGAAAGAACCCAGCCAGAUUAUUAUUGAUAGAUCGAUUUUGCAAAAAGAUUCAAUUUGAGCACAAGAGGAUUACUAGGAACGCCGACGUAGGUUUCGCUGAAUAGCUUUGUCAAGGCGAAAAGGUUUUUUUGCAAAAUCGAUCUAUCAAUAAUAAUCUGGCUGGGUUCUUUCAACGGAAGUGGGGGCAAGAAAGCUUUGGGUCAAAUCCUCUCUUAUCCUAUACAACCUCUUUUAAUCUUCCUUCUAUUCUUUCCAAUUUCUACCAUCUUCUAAUUCUUUGGAUUGUGACUGCAUUUUUUAACCCACUACCAUGUUUGGUCAUUUUUUAUAAAAAAAUUUUAAACUAAUUCAAAAUCCUUUUUGGGUCUAAUAUUCUAAAUUAUUGCACUGCACUUUACUUAAAUAAUGAAUUUUUCUAUCCUUGGAUGAAUUUAUAGCGGCACUGGCACUUUAUAAUCUUAUUAUAAUUCUUUAGGAACUAUUGUCAUUAAAUAAUUGUGGUACAUUAUUUUUUAGAAUUUUUUUGGACAACUUUAGAAUCAUAACUAUUGGUGGGGUUUCUUUUUCUUUCGCUCAAAAUUGUGUUUAUUGUUCUGACAUUUAGUCAGACCUCAACUAAUAGUUGUGAAAGAUCUUUUCUGUGUUUGAAUAAAGGCACCUUUUUUUAGGGUUACAUUUCAAAGUUUCCAAAAAUAUUAUGCCUAGUAAACUCCUAUUAUAAAUCCAAAUUUACUGCACAUCAUUGCUGUUCUUUAAGCGCUAUAUAGAGACAUACAGUAUAUUUUGUGUUUAGGUAGGAACAUAACUCUUACUAUAAGUGGAGGUCAAAUUCAGUUGGACAUUUGUGCCCACUGCCUGUUUAAAAAUGGACAAAAAACUAGGAUGCACCGAAUCCACUAUUUUGGAUUUGGCCAAACCCCCGAAUCCUUUGCGAAAGAUUCGGCCGAAUACCGAACCGAAUCCGAACCCUAAUUUGCAUAUGCAAAUUUGGGAUGGGAAGGGGAAAACAUUUUUUACUUCCUUUUUUUCUGACAAAAAUUCACACGAUUUCCCUCCCCACCCCUAAUUUGCAUAUGCAAAUUAGGGUUCGGCUGGGCAGAAGGAUUUGGCCGAAUCCUGCUGAGAAAGGCCGAAUCCUGGUUUUGGUGCAUCCCUACAAAAAACAUCUCUUUUCAAAGCAGAAAAAAACUUGAAAUAACUAGGGGUGACCAGGCAGGUAGACACUUAUGUUCCCUCAAUUUUUUUUAAAGCCAGGUUACAAUCAUUUACAAAUAAAGAUUAUCAGGCAAUACAGCAGCCCCAGAUAUCUCUUUAUGGGCUUAAAGGAGUUGUUCACCUUUGAGUUAACUUGAUGUUUACUUUACAGUG